AUGGGCACUUCAGACCAUGAAGAACUAGAAGAGAUUCAGAAUUGUGACAAUGAUGACAUUGAAAAAGCUGAACUUGAAGAGCCAGAGGAGCAGAUUAGCAUUGCAUCAUGGACAAGCCAGAUCACAAUUCGAGGACUACUAACUAGCUUCCUCAUUGGUAUCAUUUAUAGUAUGAUUGUGAUGAAGCUGAAUCUCUCAACCGGGCUUGUUCCAAAUCUGAAUGUUUCAGCGGCUCUCCUUGGCUUUGUGCUUGUUCGAACUUGGACUAUGCUGCUUGAGAAAGCUAAUGUUGUUACAACACCUUUCACUAAACAGGAGAAUACCAUAAUUCAAACUUGUGCUGUUGCAUGCUACAGCACUUCUUAUGGAGGUGGUUUUGGGUCUUAUCUCUUGGGUUUGAAUAGGAAGACGUAUGAGCAAGUAGGGGUUGAUACACAGGGGAAUACUCCUAACACCAAGGAGCCUGGAAUUGGGUGGAUGACAGCUUUUCUCUUUGUGACAUACUUUGUUGGGCUAUCGGUAUUGGUUCCCCUUAGGAAGAUGAUGAUCAUAGACUACAAACUGACUUAUCCAAGUGGAACUGCUACAGCUGUCCUUAUUAAUGGGUUCCACAGUCCUAAAGGAGAUAAGAUGGCAAAGAAGCAGGUCCAUGGUUUUAUGAAAUUCUUCUCAUUCAGUUUCCUUUGGUCAUUCUUCCAAUGGUUCUAUGCUGGUGGAGAGCAAUGUGGAUUCGUUCAGUUUCCCACUUUUGGAUUGAAAGCAUGGAAAAACUCAUUUUACUUUGACUUCAGCAUGACUUAUGUUGGAGCAGGAAUGAUUUGUUCCCAUAUUGUCAACUUAUCCUUGCUUCUUGGUGCUGUUCUCUCUUGGGGCAUUAUGUGGCCAUUGAUCAGGGGAUUAAAAGGACAAUGGUUCCCUGAGAGUUUACCAGAAAGUAGUAUGAAGAGUCUUAAUGGUUAUAAGGUUUUUAUUUCCAUUGCCUUAAUCCUUGGUGAUGGGUUGUACAAUUCUGCAAAAAUUUUGCUUUUUACUGCCACAAAUAUCCAAGCCAGCAUGGAGAAGAGGAACCAGAAAUCACAUAACCUUCAGUCACAUGAUGAUCUUAACCGCAACGAAGUGUUUGUAAGAGAAAGCAUCCCUAUAUGGUUAGCACUGUCAGGGUACAUACUGUUCUCUGCCAUUUCCAUCAUAGCUAUCCCCUUCAUUUUCCCUGAGGUGAAGUGGUAUUAUGUGGUGGUUGCCUAUCUUAUAGCACCAACUCUUAGCUUCUGCAAUGCUUAUGGUGCUGGCUUAACUGACAUGAACAUGGCCUAUAACUAUGGGAAAGUGGCUCUCUUUGUGCUUGCUGCCUUAGGUGGGAAAAGUCACGGGGUGGUUGCCGGACUCGUGGGGUGUGGCGUGAUCAAGUCUCUUGUUUCCACCUCAUCUGACUUGAUGCAAGAUUUCAAGACUGGCCAUCUCACCUUCACUUCGCCUCGAUCCAUGCUUCUUAGUCAAGCUAUUGGCACAGCAAUAGGUUGUGUUGUUGCUCCUCUAACAUUCUUCCUUUUCUACAAGGCUUUUGAUGUGGGAAACCCAGAUGGUGAAUACAAAUCCCCAUAUGCCAUCAUUUAUAGAAACAUGGCAAUUCUUGGUGUGGAAGGUCUUUCUGCCCUCCCCCACCAUUGUCUGCAGCUGUGUUGUGGGUUCUUUGCAUUUGCUGUGACUGCCAACUUGGUGAGAGAUUGGAACCCCAAAAACAUUGGGAGAUGGAUUCCACUUCCAAUGGCAAUGGCUGUACCCUUUGUAGUAGGUGGAUACUUUGCAAUAGACAUGUGUAUGGGUAGUUUAAUUGUGUAUGCAUGGCACACACUAAAAAGCAAGGAGGCUAGUUUGAUGGUACCAGCAGUUGCUUCUGGUUUGAUCUGUGGAGAUGGACUGUGGGUUCUCCCUUCAUCUAUUCUUGCUUUGUCCAAGAUUCGUCCCCCAAUUUGUAUGAGAUUCUUGCCAAUCGAUUAG